CAAGCUUCCAUGAAAAAAAAAAGAAAAAAAUUGAAAGCAGAGAGAGAGAUUAGAGAGAGAGAGAGUAAAAAAAUAAAAAGACAGAGGGACAGAAAUCAGAGAUUUUUAGAAAGAGCAAGUGAAAAGCACAGAGUUUUGGAGAGAGAUGGAGCAGAUCGUGAAGAGGAAGAAGAAAGGGAGGCCAUCGAAGGCGGAUCUGGCAAGGCGAGUCAGCUCCCCGGCGGCUGCACCAGAGUCCGAGCCGCGGCGGAGUCUCCGUCGCCGGAAUGUGCGGUACAACAUCGACUACGAUGAUUAUCUAGACGAGGGUUUCGAGGAGGAUGAAGAAGAAGAAGAGAGGAGAAGAGAGAAAAAGCUCAAGCUUGUAGUCAAGCUCGACCAGGGCCGUGAUGCCACAGCCACAGAGGCUAUGUCGCUGAGCCAAGGUAGAGGUGGCGACUGUACUAGGCCCGCGAUUAAAGACGAGGGAGAAGAGGAUGAUGAAGAAGAAGAGUCCAAUACGAAGAAGGUUAAAAAGAAGAGAAUCAACGGUGGUGAUGAGGGUGGAGAUGUUGAUGAUGACGAAGAUGACGAUGAUUGUGUUGCGGAGGGAGGAGGGAGGGAGGGAGAAUUAAAAGGGAAUGAGUUGGUUCCAGGAACACCAUCGGAUCCUCCAAUUGGGGUUGUUCCUUUGCCGGAUAAGAGGACACUGGAGUUGAUUCUUGACAAACUUCAAAAGAAAGACACGUAUGGGGUAUAUGCAGAGCCUGUUGAUCCUGAGGAGCUUCCUGACUAUCAUGACGUGAUUGAGCAUCCCAUGGACUUUGCCACAGUGAGGAAGAAGCUGGGGAACGGGUCCUAUUCUACCUUGGAACAAUUUGAGAGUGACGUCUUCCUAAUAUGCUCAAAUGCAAUGCAAUACAAUGCAUCUGAUACUGUAUAUUACAAGCAGGCACGUGCAAUUCAAGAGCUAGCAACAAAAAAAUUUCUGAAGUUAAGGAUUAAUGUAGAACACUCUGAGAAGGAGAGCAAAUCAGAACAGAAAACAAAACCAAACUUCCUGGUGAAGAAGCAAAUAAAGAAGCCUUUGGGCAGGACCACACAGGAACCUGUUGCUUCUGAUUUCUCUUCAGGAGCCACUCUUGCCACUGCUGGAGAUAUGCAGAAUGCAUCCAUUAUCAACCAACCUAAUGGUUUUGACAAGCCUAGUGCUAUGGAUAUGCUUAUAGAGGGUCACUCUUCCCUGGUUGAUAAUAAUUUAGAGAAGGCUGAAGAACUAUCAGCAGGAAAGGGUUUCUUACCUAAAUUUGGGAGGAAAUCUCUUGUACUUGAUGAUAACCGUCGAGCAACAUACAACAUAUCCAAUCAACCUGUAGUCAGAUCAGACUCAGUAUUUACAACUUUUGAGGGUGAAAUCAAGCAGCUGAUUCCAGUUGGGCUUCAAGUAGAAUAUUCUUAUGCUAGGAGUCUGGCUCGUUUUGCUGCAACUCUUGGUCCUAUUGCAUGGAAAGUUGCCUCCAGGACAAUUGAGCAAGCAGUGCCUGCAGGCUGUAAAUUUGGCCGUGGAUGGGUUGGAGAGUAUGAGCCACUUCCCAUACCGGUAUUAAUGCUUGAGAAUCGUUCCAAGAAAGGAUCUGCAAUGUUUACAAAGUUGCAGCAUUCUGCUGAUAUGCUAAAAGAAAAAUUAAGCCAUAAGAGGCCUGUUCCAGCAAAGGAGCAUCUUGUUAGUGAGCUGGUUUCUGUAGGGAAUUCAUCUUCAUUUUGUGUGGCUAGUGGGUCACCCUCUGAAGGAAAAUCAUCAUUAUCUGCUUCUGGUGUAUCAAAGCCCAGUAACCCUGUUAAUGCUAUUUAUCAACAGAAAAAUUUUUCCCCUAGAAUGCAUGCUGAGACUGAAAAUAAGGUUUCAAAGCAAGUGGAGUUGAAUUUGCCACCCCCUGCCAAUCAAGCUAAUGCAAAUCUUAUUGCCAAGAAGCAGGGUUCAAAUAAACCAGAAAUGGUUUCCAGUUCAAGAGAGAUGGUAACAAGAAAUAUGGGUACUGGCCAAUCUAUACCUUCAAAGCCAGUGGAAAAUAAUGGAGUUGGUAAUGGCAGUUUGCCUAAUGGAAAAAUUACCAACCAACUUGCCAGAGCAGCAAAUUACUUUCCCCAGGGACAGGAGCAGGGUCUUAGUGAUCCAAUUCAGAGCCUGAGGAUGUUAACUGAAAGGGCUCAAAAGCAGCAGAAUUCGUCAAAUCAACCCAGAGCUGACACUCCACCAGCUAUGCCAUCAGUUCCAUUUACAAGAUCAGAUGAUUCAAGCAGUGCUGCUGCAGCAGCUGCUCGUGCAUGGAUGUCUGUAGGUGCUGGAGGAUUUAAGCAAGUCACUGAAAAUGCCAGCAGUCCCAAGGGCCAAAUAUCUGUAGAGUCAUUGUAUAAUCCAGCUGUUCACCCACAUAUUCAGAGAGUUAGAGGCGAGUUUCCUAUAUCCACAUUGACACAUUUCCAAUCCCCGUCUCAGUCUCCAAAGAAUGGUUUUCCCCUACAGGCUUUUGCACCACAACCUGUUCAUCUUGUAGAAGCUCAGUACCAAAACCGACCAAUUGUUUUUCCACAAAUGGUAACCAGUGACUUGCCUAGGUCUCACGUCCAGUCCCCUUGGAGAGGUCUUAGUCCACAAACUCAGGCAAGGCAGAAGCAGGAAUCACUUCCUCCUGACUUGAAUAUUCAUUUUCAAUCUCCAGGGUCUCCAGCAAAACAGUCUUCAGGUGUUCUCGUGGACUCCCAGCAACCUGAUCUGGCUUUGCAGCUUUGAGUAUGAAUUGGACUUCCAAGAAAAUUUCACAAACUGCAAACAUCCCCAAGGUAACCUUAGUUCAUGUCUCAGGGAUGUGAAAUUUUUGGUUGCCUUUACUCACGCACAUGAAAUGUGAGGAUGCCAUUUCACUCCAUGCCACACUCCAUGCCACACUUGAUGGAUGGCAUGCCAAUCGAACUCAAUGUGGCAGUUUAAGCCAGAUUUAGUCCUCACUGUGGUUAUACCUACACUGCGAGUAUAUUUUGCGGUCACAGGAGAGGUGAUCCAGGUGACUUGGGGGAAGAUAAUAAUUUUGAAAUGAGGUACUUAUCUUUCUUUUUCCCAACAAGGAUCACUGACACAUGUAUCUAUUAAUCUGAGCAAAGCUAUAAUCUUCAAAAAAGAGUCGGGCAGACAAAUGGUUUUUCAAUUUUUAUCCAUUGAUUAGGUCCUUGGUUGGAUAAUGACGUGAAGACCUAGUUGAUGCAGUGUACAUUAGACAUAGGAGUGGAUGAGAAAUUAGUUGGUUAGAUUUUAGAUGACUUUGAUGCCUCUGCUGUAAUUGUAUUGAUACCUUUCCCCUUCUUCCGUCAAUUCAAUAAUAAUUGGUAGUACUUUUGUAUACAUGAGGAGCAGAGUCAUCCUCUGAUGAAAAUCAUGAAGUGGCCUUUAAUUAAAUAGUUAAAUUAAA